CAUCUUGAAUAUAAAACUCAUUCAAGAGACUCCAAAAAAACAAAAAGAACAAGUCAAUGGGAGUUUGGCGUCUUUUCAAGGGUGCUAACUAAGAGGGAAAGGAUAGAAAACUCCGCAACAUUUCAUGUUUUAAUUUGCUUCUUUGAACAACAUAGAAAAUACAAUGUUGGGAGCUGGUAAGCUUCUUGAAUGUGUAUAUAUACGUAGUCAAUGACAAAUGCAGUUUGGAAGAUUUGAGAAGAGGGGGAGAAAAGUUCCAUGUGUUUUGCAUGGGUUGACUAGGUUGUAUUGGGAUUUUAAGCAGAUCAUAUAUCCUCUGUUUCACCUAAAAAAAUACAAUUAGAUAUCACUAAAAAAAAGAAACAGUCAAAAUGGAAAGUUCAAAGAGUGCUUAAAGAUAUUUUGGAGCUGCUAUUGCAGAAUAUACAAUUUACUUUGAAAGCCUAGAGUAGUUUUUACAAGAAAAAAUACACAAGCAAACUGUUGAGUGUGGUAGAAGCUGUUUCUAAUGUAUAUGAUUCUAAUCAUAUGAAAUGGUCUGGGUUUGAAUAAAAUCUCUUGGCAAUCAACAGCAUAAAGUGCUUUGACUUUUCAUACCAAAUAAACAAGAUAUAUAUUGACCUUUUGCUAAUCCUGCUAUUUGAUUGUGUCAAAAAAAUGUGUCCACAAAAAGUUACAAUCUCUUGAUCUACAUAAAUGUUACAACUUGGAACCUAGCUGAUCAUAGGGACAUUCCCUUCUAGUACAAUGACACCUUCAAGAGUUUUUUCCCUUCUUUGUCUCCUUGUCAUACUUACAUCUCACACCAAUGCCCAGCCAAGCUUCUUGUACCAUUUCUGCAUGAAUGAUAAAGGCAACUACACUGAAAACAGCACCUACAAGACCAACCUCAACACCCUCUUAUCAUCUCUUUCUUCCAACACACAAAUUGAUUAUGGCUUCUACAAUUUCUCUGAAGGCCAAAACUCUGACAAAGUUAACGCAAUUGGGAUGUGUAGAGGAGAUGUUCAGCCAGAAACAUGCCGCAGUUGCCUCAAUGAUUCAAGAGUCCUUCUCACGCAGCGUUGUCCAAACCAGAAAGAGGCUAUUGGCUGGUAUGAUAACUGCAUGUUGCGGUACUCAAACCGUUCAAUAUUUUCUGUCAUGGAACCUCAACCUACAUACUAUUUGUGGACACAGAGCAAUGCAAGUGAUGUGGAUCAGUUCAAUCAAGUGCUUCAGGACUUGGUGGGAAGUUUGAGAAGUGAAGCUGCAUCUGGUGAUUCUCUUAAGAAGUAUGCUGCAGGAAAUGCAGCAGGGCCAAGCUUUCAAACUAUAUUUGCUCUUCUGCAAUGCACUCCUGAUUUGUCAGAGCAAGAGUGCAAUGAUUGCUUGGUGGAGGCUAUCUCAGAUAUCUCAAGUUGUUGUGCUGGCAAGACAAGUGGGAGGAUUGGAAAACCAAGCUGCAAUCUUAGAUUUGAUACUUCACCCUUCUAUGACUCUACUACAACUGAUGCCUCUCCUCCAUCACAAUCACAAGUACCUCCUCCAGGCGCAAAUAAUACUUCCACAAAAGGAAAUAACAACACAACACGAAUUGUCAUUGCGGUAGUUGUGCCAAUUGUAGUCAUCACUGUACUGGUCAUAUCUGUGUGCAUCUUCUUAAGAGCAAGGAAGCAAAGGAGACAUAUUGAUGAUACUGAUACUGAAGCUGACAGUGAAAUUGAACCUGCUGAUACAAUGCAGUUCAACUUUGAGACCAUAAGAAAGGCUACAAAUAACUUUUCCGACACAAAUUUGCUAGGUCGAGGAGGAUUUGGGCCUGUUUACAAGGGUAAGCUUUCAAAUGGACUAGAAGUUGCUGUGAAAAGGUUGUCAAUAAAUUCAGGACAAGGAGAUACAGAGUUCAAGAACGAGGUACAGUUGGUGGCCAAGCUACAACACAGAAAUUUAGUCAGGCUACUUGGCUUCAGUUUGGAAAGAGAAGAAAAGUUACUAGUUUAUGAGUUUGUUCCCAAUAAAAGCCUUGAUUACUUUAUUUUUGAUCCAGUUAAGCGUGCACAUAUGGAUUGGGAAAGGCGGUAUAAAAUCAUAGGAGGCAUUGCCAAAGGCCUUCUUUACCUUCAUGAGGAUUCGAGACUGCGAAUUAUUCACCGUGAUCUCAAAGCAAGUAACAUUCUCUUAGAUGAAGAGAUGAAUCCUAAGAUAGCAGAUUUUGGCAUGGCAAGAUUGUUUGCUGUGGAUCAAACUCAAGGAAACACAAGUAGAGUUGUUGGAACGUAUGGAUAUAUGGCACCUGAGUAUGUAAGGGAAGGACUGUUCUCAGUGAAGUCAGAUGUGUUUAGCUUUGGCGUACUUGUUCUAGAGAUUGUAAGUGGCCAGAAAAAUAGUAGCUUCUAUAAUGGAGAGUAUGUAGAGGAUCUAAUAAGCUUUGCCUGGAAAAGCUGGAAGGAGGGAACAGCAUCAAAUCUUGUGGAUCCUACAUUGGUUAAUGGCUCAAGAAAUGAAAUAAUGAGAUGCAUCCACAUUGGUUUACUAUGUGUUCAAGGAAACUUAGCUGACAGACCAACCAUGGCUGUUGUUGUGCUCAUGCUUAACAGCUACUCACUCACUCUCCCAGUACCUGCAGAGCCUGCAUUUUUCAUGAACAGCAGAGGCUUGUCAGAUAUUCAGUCAUGGGAGGAAGAUGAUUCAGGGACAACAACAUAGUCAAUAAAAUCUGUUGUUAGAGUGUAUAUCAGCAUACUAAUGUAUAUUAGAGAAUGAAUUAUAUGUGCAUGAAAAACGUUUCGUUUAAUUCUUACAAA